GUUAAGGAAGGGGGAAGGGGUAUGAGUGUGGAUAGGUUUUGGUUGUGGUGGUGAAUUUUAUGAUAAGUUGUUAGCGGUUUGGGGGUAUUUUAAGGUUUUGUAAUCAUUGUUGUGGUUAUUACGUUGUUUAUUUUUAUUUUAAUGAUUUUUUUUUCUGUGGGGGGUCAUGUAGGGAAAUAGAGAUUUUUAAAAGUCUUGCUUUCCUUUCCCUUUUAUUAAUAGCAGUGUAUAUGUGGAUGUGCGUGUUGCCUUUGUAAAUCUUUUAUUACGGAAGAAUUUGAAUUUGAAUUUAAUCACGUAAAAUGUCAACUUGCAUUUUAGUACUUAAGAAAAACUGACACGUAUCUUUGACAGGGUUUGAUAUAGUCGUGAGCAUCCUGAACAGCACGUCGAUGAAGAGCAUGCUCAAGGACGCCAUGGCCAGCUUCAAGAGCGAAGGAGGGCAGGACAUCGUCAGUUUCCUGGAAUCUAUCAUCAACGGGCAGCGAGACGUCAGCCUUGGACCCGACACUGCAGCAGACGAAGAAGGCGACGACGGAGACGAAAUUAACUUUUUCGACAUCUUCGGUGAUCCGGCAGAUUCUCAGCCAGAUCCCACGGAGAUGGAAGACGCCGACGAGAGUAUGGAAGGACAGAAUUUCUUGGAAAUUUUUGGCUUCGCUGACGAAACUGCGGAAGUCGCAGAAGCUAGGGUGCCUCAGAAGGACGAAGGCGCAUCUGAGGCCGUUCUGAGGACGAGUAUCUUGCUCGAAGUACUCCGCAAUGACGACUUCCUGGCGCCAGCUAACGAUUCCUCCUUGGAAAAUGUUACGAGCGAGAGAGCGAUAGAGGAGAACUCUCAGAUAACAGAGGACACUGGCUCUGAGCUCCGAGAGAACACCACUUUGGUUCCUCUCGGAGAGACUCUCGCAGAAGGCAAUAUCACUUCGACGGAAUCUACGAAGUCAGACAGACCUUCAGUAGUAAACGGAACAGAGGACCUACCGACUCCUUCAGCAAAUGCAUCCCUACCGAGUGAUCAGAGAGGGAUGAGAAAAAAGAGAAGCGAGCUUACUGAAAUAAUGCGUCGCUAUAAGGACGUCGUAAAGUCUCUCACUCCUGCACAAAUCACGCGCCACGGCCUCGCCAUCAAGGAAACGGUCCUGUUCCUAAAAGAGGUUUUAUCCAAUCGGCAAAGAAGCAUCAGAGGUGCAGCCAUGGAUGAUACCCCCUUACUCCCAGGAAUACGGCGUGAGAAGGGCAAGUGUCGAGUGUUCAACAUGUCAUGCAUUGAGCUCCCUCCACUCAGCACGUGCAGGGGAGUGUCCCUCGGCGGAUGUCUCUCGCGCAGUAAACUGUACCUGUUCAUGAUGCCGCGAUAUAUUCUGGCCAUAAUUAUCUUGACCGUGGCUGUGAUCUCCAUCGGGUCCAUGGUGGCUGCGUUCGAAAUCUACAGGAGAGUGACGAACCGGCGCGUGAUCCCCGCGGCGCAGGAGAACGAAGGAGACACGGAAAUGGAGCCCAACAACAAUCCGAUGAACGGGAACUGAGGCUUUCUUGGGGAUCCUGCAGGUUAGCGAGAGGGCGGGACGAAGGUGCGGAGCGAGAGG